GAGCUGGCUUGGCCCCGACGCCGAGCUCACUGCUAACCGUUGGCACGGGACGCCGAGGACGGGAUGGCGGCCCCUGGCCCCUGCUCCGAUGGUCCGUGCUGCUCCCACCACAGUGCAGUGCCCAGCGUGCAGCAGACGCUAGAGGAGAUGGACUUUGAGAGGGGAAUCUGGUCAGCAGCCCUGAACGGAGACCUUGGCCGGGUGAAGUAUUUCAUCCAGAAGGCAGUGGACCCUAGUCAGCCCGACGCGGCUGGCUACACUGCUCUGCACUAUGCCAGCCGCAAUGGGCACUAUGCCGUGUGCCAGUUCCUGCUGGAAAGUGGAGCCAAGUGUGACGCCCGGACCCACGGGGGUGCCACCGCACUGCACCGGGCCAGCUACUGUGGACACACGGAAAUCGCGCGGCUCCUGCUCUCCUAUGGGUCCGACCCCCAGCUGGUGGAUGGUGAUGGCAUGACCAGUCUGCAUAAGGCUGCUGAAAAGGGUCACAUGGACAUUUGCUCCCUUCUGUUGCAACACAGCCCAGCCCUGAAGGCUGUCCGGGACCAGAAGGCACGGCUGGCAUGUGACCUGCUUCCCCGCAACAGUGACCCUCAGGACCUGCUUGCCAGCUGAACACCAUCUCCUGUCUCAGGCCGCCUUUCAGGGGUAUGCAGGCUGAGUCUCCAAGUCUUAUCCUGGUCAGCAUCCACGCUGCAGACGGGCACUGCAGGAAGACCCAGGAAAAGCCCUGUGGCUGGCCACUGUGGAAGCAAGGGAGUAGAUUUGGUGGGGCUGCAAGUGAUUAAG